AGCAAGCGGCAGCGGAAGAGCUUCCUGCUCAAAAUUCAUCUCUCCAUGCGUAUUCUCGCUGAUUCUCUCAGCGCAUCCGCCGCUUAGGAAGGGAAAGUGUUUGGGGCGGAAAAGAGGGAUGCAAACGAUGUCGAAGUCGGGGAAAUUGAUGCCGAAUUUGGACGAGAAGACCACGAAGUCGCUCAAUUUGACGGUGCUGCAGAGGUGCGACUCCGCAGUUGAGGAAAUCCUAAUGACGGUGGCACAUGUUGCCAUGUAUGAAUUGAACGUCGAUGCUAAACAAUGGAGUCGGAAGCAUGUGGAAGGUUCGCUUUUUGUCGUGAAAAGGAAUGGCCAACCGCGGUUCCAAUUCAUCGUAAUGAAUCGUCUGAGCACUGCUAACAUGGUGGAAAAUCUCCUGGGAGAUUUUGAGUAUGAAGUGCACGUCCCAUACUUAUUAUAUCAAAAUGCUUCUCAAGAGAUAUAUGGAAUAUGGUUCUACAAUCCGAAGGAAUGUGAAGAGCUUGGAAAUCUGUUUGGCAGGAUUCUUAAUCAAUAUCCUAAGGGGUCUACAAAGACGAUGAUAUCUCCUAUGAAAAGCAAGGUUCGAAAUCUGGAAACAGUUCCAACACAGGCUGCGGCAGGUGCUCCUGCUACCUCCAAUCCAUCAGAGGUAACUCAUGAUCAAUCUGUCAUGAAGUUCUUCAAUGCUGCUGUAAAAGGUGCAAGUACUCCAAAAACAGCAAUUUCUGGGCAGCCGCACCACCCCCGGGUCACUGUUGGUCCUGUUUAUCCGCAAAUUAUCCCUACAACAACUUCACCAUCAGCUCAGAUCCCUGCUAGCUUACCAACUUCAACCCCUAUCCUUCCAAUUCUUGAAAAACCUGAAACUACUCAUGGUGUUAAGCAUUCAACUGAUCUGGUGACACCAUCAUCAUUUAUCAGUCCUACUUCGUCUUCUCAAUUAAAUAAGCCUGCCAUGGCUGCAUCUGUAUCCACUGCCCUCCCUCUGAAUAAUCCUCAAGGAAAUACACAACAACCUUAUGGUGGUGCUUCAUCACUUCACCUGUUCCCUCCGCCAAUACCCCAGCAACCACUCGCUGUAAGUUCUGCUCCGACACCAACUUUCCCACCUGUUAUAAGCAGAGAGAAAGUCAGAGAAGCACUUCAAAUGCUCGUCCAGGACACCCAAUUCAUCGAUGUGGUUUACCAAGCAAUGGUGAAAGCUCACCUCCAUUCCUGAUCGUGAUCGUUAUCGGUGAUUCUCAUACAUACACCUCAUGCUUAUAUACAUACAUACUUGAUGAGGGUGUGAAUUGAAUGUGAAUGAAUUAAUGGCUUUGUAGAUUCCUGUUUCUGCAACUCAACAUCUUCACCUCUGGUGGACAAUCUCUGUAUAUUUGUAUUUUCUGUCAAGAUUGAUUUGCUGC